CGCGUCAGACGCGUGUGCGUGAUGGAUGCGUCGCGCGUGUGAGGGGGGCGGGAGCGCGUGGACCGCUCGAGCUCCUCUCGUUCGUUUCCUGACGUGAGAAAGACAAAAGAAAGAAAAACCGGUUCGUGUUCGUUGGAUUUUAAGGCCCGUUCGGUUCCGUGAGGCGGUUUGUGCGCGUGAUCCACGGGUCGGAGCGGGUGGAUCGGCGGAGAGCGGGACUCGAGCCCGGGAGAUCAGACGGGCCUGUCCGACCAUCUCAAGCUUCCGGUUUCCAGAGGAAGAUACCCUCAUAUUGAGUGAAUUGGAUUAAACUAGCAACUGGAUGGCACGUCACUGACCACCAUCUCCACUGAAAAACACCUUUCAGUAAUGGACAAUGAUUGGAUGAGCAAAGAAACAAAUUAGAAGAUAAUGCUCCUGCUGAAGUGAAUAACUAAUAUGGGAAAAGGCAAAUAUUUGGGUAAAGCUGGAAAAUAUUUGGCAGCAAAGAUUUCAAUGAAACAUGACUCUAGAGAGCCCAGAAAAUCCUCAUGACCCAGGAAAUAUGAAAAAAACUUUUGAUAUUAAAGUCUUAAUCAUUCUCAUACUAUUUACAGUGUCAGUGAAUACAUGUGCCAACCGGAGGAAUCAUUUUUGUUUGUUUGUUGCUAACCUGUCAAUGAACUAUUAUAAUUCCACUGCAUGGCUGCUAUACACAUGCAUUUGCACAGUUACCAAAUGGCAAAGAGCAGUAUCACACUACAGUAUCAAGAUAUUGACAUUGUCUUAAUGAGACGUAAUUGAGUUGGAAUUUUGGUGGAAUAUUGUUACUUCUUGGCUGGUAGACAUUUUGUGACAACACUAAACCUGUCUUAAUUUUCCAAAAAUCAUCAGAUCCAGAGCUAAACAACAUUGUGGCAAACAGCUUUUUGUAAAGCUCAGUUUGGAUCAGUGGGCAUUUGCUGGUGUCUCCUGCGAAACUGCUACAGAUUACAGUUUCACUUUAUGUAAUUUCUCUGUAACCACAAAGCUAAAACGAAACAUUCCAAUUUGCCAUUUGUAUUUUCUUCAAAAACAAUUGCCAUCCAAGACUCUAAAAACAAAAAAUGCAGAAUUUUCCCAAUAGUCCAGUCCCUAUUCAUCCAGGGUUUAGCCGAGGAGGAACUGUGGUCAGUUCCUCAUAUCAGCCCCACCCUUCAGACCUUCAGAUUUCCCCCAGAGCCUCAGAGGACUAUGUUGCCAUGCAGCAAGCUCAACCUAACCUGCAGAGUCGCAGGCAGCACAUUCACCUGCGGAGCCAGCAGCAUCUUAUACAUGCCCCUCCUAUACAUGGUUAUGGCUCCAGAAGAGGGACAGGAGAAUUGACACAGGGGAAUACUCACAGUGGAGGUGCUGGGAACUCUUACCUUAAGGAAAGUAUGGAUUUUUAUUUUCCAGUGAGUGGGCGGGAAAGAAGCCGAAGAGGGGGAGCUGGAUUUGGUGCAGGAUAUAGGUACACAAACAUGGAUGGACAUGCACCUCACCAGUACCUACAGUCAUCUGGAAUUAUAUCUCCCUACCCUAUGGAUUACAGCUCCAGCAGUGGCUCUGGAGUGGGAGGUAGCAAUAGUAGCAGUAGUGCUGGUUCGUUUUCUCCCUCUCAGCAAUACAGUAUGGCUCACAAUACUUCUGCGCAAUCAGCCGGUCAAAUACAUCAACGUCAGCACGGUCAGAAAUAUCCCUCACAUCAAGGAGUACACCAAAGUCAGCAUCACCGGGCAUACUCUCUGUCUGGAAGCAGAAUGCCUCCUCAGUUUGGACAUUAUCCCCCGAUAAAUGCCUCCUCAGGCUCUACUGGAACGUAUAACUCGCCACCACAAAGAUACGAUGUGAGCAGCAGCAGCACAGAUGCCAAAAUGAAUAACUCACCCAUUCAGUCUAAUCCAAAUUCGAAUUCAAGUUCUAACAGCUGCGAGAACACGGGACAAAGUUACUCAUCCUCUACUCAUCCACCAUAUUCACCACAAUCUCAGUCCCUUCACAAGCAUGUGCCCCACUCCCAGCAUGCGUCUCAUCACAGCACCAGAGCAGGUUACGAUCCUUCCCUCAAAACGCAGCAUAAUUUACACACCAAACCACCCCAUUCCUCUAUCCCCUCCAGUCCUGCUCUGCCUCCACAUACCCCCCAAGACAUUGCCAAAUCUCCAAUGCAUUCCCAAAAUCAAGCAGCUCACAUCCAACAAAAUUUCAGUCCCAUAUCUAACCCCUCCCCUGCUCCUUCUGCUGUACAGUCUCCGAGCUUCAGUUCGUCCUCCUCUCCUGUCAUGGGGAAUUUAGAGGGAAACAGUACAGCUACUCAUAUGCAGCCAUCAUGCCACCCCUCUGUUCCAAACAAUCGCAGCAGUCAAAGCCAUGGACGGCUUCUGCAGGCUGUACCUCAGCUGAGCCCAACUCCUAAUUCUAACAGGAGUAUCAGUAGUUGUGGAAGCAGUGUAGGAGCUAAAACAUCUGGUUUUAACCAAAACACUGUCAUUGGUCACUCUGUCAUGAGUCAGAGCCGAAUAGAUCUAGGUCCUCGUGGGGGACUAGGGGAAGAUAGCUCCCUUUACCAUCAUGACAAACUCUUACCGGAUCCUGGUCUAAAUAGCCUCAAUGCUCUAACAUCACAAGUGGAAAAUUUGCCUAAUACAGUGCAACACAUGCUGCUAACAGACAGCGUGUUGUCCCAGAAGAAGAGCAGAGAUACACAUCAUCUUCAGAUCCAGCAGUCUGGCAACCAAAACAAAUGUGGAAAUUUGAUCACAGCCAAGGUAGAGAGUUCUGAGAUGGUGGAAACAAAACAUGAUCCAGAAUUAGAACUGAAGAGAAUUAGGCAUGCAAGUGGAACUAGCAAUGAGUCUGAGCCACUCAGCUACCGAUCAGCACAAAGUCAGAUUAAUUCAGAAAGGAAUCAGCAUGGAUUGGAUAUCCAGGUCAACACUGGAGUCAUUUCAACAGCUUCAAAACAAUCUGCCAGUGAGCCUUCAACACCAAAUGCUCAGACAAAGACACCAGAAACUCUCACUUCCUUGUCCUCCUCACCACCAUUGGUUCAUCCUUCUGCUGAACCCAGCCUCAAACAACAGUUGUAUCCCCCUCCCACACCGCCUCAUACUCAAUCAGGACGUCCAAACUGUGUGGCUGAAAGAGACCCUGAUAAUAAAUAUAAUAUUGGAAUGAAGUGGCAAAAGAUCAAUAUUAUAAAAGAUGAAGAAAGCGAAGUUGAAAGAGGAGUUACUCCUUGUCGUAGAGAAAAUAGAUCUGGGAAUAGAUUUGCCAACACUAAUGAAAUUCAGUCAGCCCCUCCCACUAAGUAUGAAGCUGAGAUAGAUGGAAACAGGGGCAAUGUACAGCAGCUUCAGAUUUCACAGCAGCUUGAGAAUCCAAGCAAAAAUAUAAAUGUUUCGGAAAAACAUAAUGCUGGAGGUGUUAGGGUUAUUGUCUCUACACGUUCUGAACUAAAUACUGAAUCAAUUAAGCAUACAGGAACCAAAUCCCCACGUUGUAGUGUUUCUCAUAACCCAACCAAACAGAGCUGUCCUGAGGAGCAACUUGAUGCAAACAUCUUAAGAGAGGCAAGAAGUCAUAAUGGAAAAGGGGAAAUCUGCAUAGAAACAUAUGGUUCAGGAUAUAUUUCCCCUAAACAAGAAUUUGUCCAAAGUAUACCCUCAAAUCAUUCUCACUCUUCAUAUAAAUAUAUAAAUCCUGAUGUUCCUUACAAUGCCUGCAUGAGUGCAAAGAACAAAGGAAAAUUAGGACCAGGAAGUGGAAUAGGCCCAGACAGAUACCAAAGUUAUCAUCAGCUGAGGGCCAGCUAUGGAUCUAUUGCUAGGAAGGAGAUUGGUAUUUUUGCUUUGGAUGGGGGCAAGGCGAUUAUAUCAAGAGGUCAGGAUAGCAAUUCCCCGUUUCAGCAAUCAUUUCCCACUCUUUUGCAGGAAGUCCUUCAAGGUCAUCACUUAGAUCGAUGCUAUGGACGUCCUGAUCAGACAUCUAGUGUUCACCAUUCUCAAGGUACAUCCCAGCACCGUUAUCAAACGAGACUACCCUACAAUAUAAUUGAAAAUUUGAGUUCAAUAGGCCCUCAACCAGUUAUAGGUGGACCCAAUGUCCAUUUCAAUCGAAUAGCCUCUGGAAAACCACCAAAUUCAAAUCAAAAUCAGGGACCUGAUAAUGAGAUGAUUCUAGACCCUCCUCAUCCCUCUUGGGAUUCUGAAGCACAAAGGCCCAACCUUAUUCAUGGUGUCUCCUUAGAAAAAGGCAAAAGCAGCAUGUCUCCCAGCCAGUCCACCCACAUGCAACAGCCUUCAAAUCUCACAACAGGAGCCCCUCCAAAGCACAUCAACUUGGCUGACUAUUCUUUGCAACACCAAAAAACACUGAGAUACAAUACCUCUCCCUCUGCUGUGGAACAACUGCUUCUACAAGAAACUGAACCAUUAUCAUGUAGUGUUGGUCCUUUGAGUCAGUCUCAAUCUCAGACAUCAUCAUCCUCAGGAAGACGUUCAGUCAUCUGUGAUGCAUCCCCUUCUCGACGAACCACUGCAGAGAGAGAAAGAGGACACUCUGGACCUUCAGUCAUUCAACAACCAUUUUCAUCUGGAUCAACUGAUCAAAAACGGUGCAAGGCAGAAAUAGAAGGAAAGAAAGAUCAGAGUAAGGAUGACUCAUCAAAGAUUGAUCCUGUUUGUCAGAAUUCAGAUGACUACUGCAGCACGCCACCCUGUAUGGAGGCAAAAAAGUCCCUGCAUCCCUUUGUAGAUGUUGAUUUUAACUUAGAAAGAACCAGCAGUGCCAAAGGCAACAAUGAACCCACCAGCAACCUGCCAUACCUUUCUCAAAUGUCUUCUAAUCCCUUCUCUUCACCACCAAGAGAGCAGUCAUAUUCCCAGGCCGUUGAUGGUUUUCGAGCAUAUGGGUUUAGUGACACCAUGGAUGGGCCAAAAAUGAUGUCCCACACCAGAACUCACAAUCCAUUCCCCACUGCAUCAGCAUAUUCUAAAAGCACCCCCUCAGCUAACAAGUUACAAGUAUUUCCACCAAGUUUACCUCCUCAGGACAGACCAAACUGGACUCCUGGCAGACAAAGACAGAAAGAUAUGGACAGACAAUUUCCCCAGAGACUGGCUGGUCAGAAGUGUAAAUCACAAUCUCCUAGUGAUAUUCUGCCUAGUCAGUAUCACGCAUCUCAACCGCACUCUCAUCCCGGUUCACACUUUCACAUGAAAAUGUGGGAUGCUUAUCCUGAAAGAGAGGAAGCUGUACAACCACACCCUGCAGUCCCUCAUGAGCAUGUUGGUUCUCAACCAGUCCCAAAUACAGCUCCUAAACAUGGAGAAGGGAACAUCUCAGAUAGAAGUGCAGAACAUCCUGUCAAAUCUUUUCAUACAGUGGCUCCAGCUGAUGUUAUCAGUAAGGCUGCCCAAGGGAUUCAGCAGGGACAGAGCCAAGCCAAAUCUGGAUUACCAUCUGAAACCAACCCUUUAAUAAUGAGAAGGAGAGUUAGAUCAUUUAUUUCUCCUAUUCCAGCGAAAAGGCAGCAUCAGGAUGUUCAAAGUCAAAGACCAGGAUCAGCGUAUCACUCCCCACUGUCCCAAUCUGAUUCUAGACUUGCAAGCAACAGUUGCUCUGGCAGUACUGAUACUCAGCCAAAAUUGGCAUCCCCUAAUUUACAUCACCCCAUAUCCAGUGCUAAUUCACCUCCACGGUGCAAAACAAAUAUUCUCCCACCAAGAAAAGGCCGUGGUCUAAAACUUGAGGCAAUUGUGCAGAAAAUUACUCCUAGUGUGAAAAAAGCCAACUUCAAUAAUAGUCAUGUGGAUUCGGAUUACUCAGAAGUUUCUCAUUACUCCUCUGACAUAGCAGACCCUGAGAGUGGAACAUUUUCAAAUGUUCCUCAGGGAGAGGAGGGCUGUUUAUUGUACCUUGAUGAGUCUCGUCCUUUAAACGAUCUUAUGCCAUACAGAGCCGUUGAAGAUGCUUAUCCAUGUGACUCUCAAUCUCUAAAACCAGCUGCAACUUCUAUCAGUAGUGCACUCAGAGGUUUGCCAAAAGAUUUUGACUUUGGAUUAGGUUCUGCUGGCUCUACAGGAUCUUUGGUGGGUGAAAAUGAUAAGGAUGAUUUUACCUUGUUAGGCCCCCUUCCACCCCCGCCUCCUUUACCUUGUCCUGUACAGGGAUCCCCUCCUCCAUCUUCAUCUGCAUUGUCAGACAUACAGCAGUUCACAAACACAUACCAACAGCUGGAAACCAGACGAAGUGAGCAGUCGGCUGCUAACCUACUGAGGCAGAAAUUGCAAGAGACUGGCAUGGGCUUUGAUGAUUACACAAGUGGGGAUUACUAUGAUGCCAACACUGGCCAUUGUCAGAGCCCUGGGCAACACCUCCUUUCUCAAGCUCCUCAGCACCAGAUGACCAGGUUGGCAGGUUUAGAGACUAAACCAUCAGAAGGCACUGUUCCCAAGGGUUAUUUCCCAUCGGGUAAGAAAAAAGGGCGCCCAGUUGGCAGUGUGAAUAAGCAGAAACGUGCCCAAGCUCAAAUUCAGAAUUCAGCAGCCAGCAUACCUGCAGCCCCUCUCAGCUCACCUAUAGCUGACCCUGAGUCUGACCCAACCCCAAACACCGCAGAUGAGGUGCCCCGAACACCAACACCACCUGACCAGAAACCCUGUCCAUCUUUGGUCCCUCCUGCUCAAACUCAGUUGAUGAAAGUGGAUGUCGACAGUGAGGAGACCCAGCCAGAGAUUGAUGUGAAGCCUGCUAGACAUAGACAGAGAAAGGUAAAAGAAGGCAAUGGAACCUCUGGCUCAGUUGUCAAGCAGAGAAGGAAAAGGAGGGGAAUGGCUUCUAAAGAGGAUCUGGACACUCAAACUAGCAGUUGUGUAAACAUGGGCCUGUGUGGAAUGUUCUCUGAUGUUAGGAAUACUGUUUUUUCUCCUUACAUUCAUGUGGAGAAACAGAUAGCUGAGAUUGGAGCAGUCUGUUCAAUAAUCAAUGCAGAAGAUGAAAAAUCUAAAGGCGGAGGCAAAGCAUGUCAUUAUGGGGUUGAUGCCCCCUUAAAUACCUUAAUGUCGUCUCAGUUAGUGAGAAGAGAUAAGGAAAAUGAUAGAACAAAGGAUGUGUCCGAGAAUGUUGAAUCUGUCUUACAGUCAGGAAAGACACUUCCUACAUCUGGACAUGUUCUGCCAGGGCCUGUGAUAUCAGAGACAGGACACAAUGGUCAUCUCUUAUGCUGCCUUUGCCAAAAAUGGGCCAAUUACAAAAAUCUUGGGGAUCUCUAUGGUCCCUUUUACUCUGCUGAUUAUGUAGCCAAGCUCCCUAAGAAUCAACCUCAAAUCCGACAAACUUUGUCUCACCAUGGGGCGGCUACAGCAGGUUUCAUUAUGACAUCCAUUUCAACAGAAUUAACUCCCCAAGAUACAAGACUACAUGACCCUCAAAAUGUCAAAUCGUCUACAGACAGCGAUUGCACAGUAAGUCAGGCAACAAACCCAACAUCCCCAGCAACCACCAUUGGCACUGCCUCCCCCAGUGUGGCUGAGGAAAUGCCUUUACAGAAUACUAAGACCAGCAGCUCUACCUCAAAGGAGACAGCUCACUCUUGGGAUCCAGCAGUAGAACUGUUAAGUGGAAUGGGAGCAUCAGAAGUGCGAGAACUGGAUUGUGAAGUCGUACUGAAACAGCUGCAGUUAGAGGACUCGCAGCAAAGGCCCCAGCACAGAAAACUGACAUCCCAUCCUCGCUUCAAAAGGAGACAUAAAUCCAGUGAAGAUUUACCUCGAACUAUCCCUAUCAACAGCAAAGCCUCUCUGCCCUUCCAGCCUCCCCCACCCAGCCUGGAUUCCCUGGGGCCCAUGGCACAACUAGCUCAGCUCCCACUAGUGCCCCUGGACCCAGAGGAGCUGUGGGUACAUGAGGGCUGCAUCGUGUGGACCAGUGGGGUGUACCUUGUCAAUGGGAGACUGCAUGGACUUCAGGAGGCACUAGAUGGUGCUAGAGAUACAAGCUGCUCUCAUUGUGAGAUGGUGGGCUCAACACUUGGCUGCUACAGUAAAGGCUGCACACUGAGGUACCAUUACCUCUGUGCCAUAGAGGCAGAUUGCUCUUUAAAUGAAGACAACUUUUCUCUGAGGUGUCCAAAGCACAAGAGCAAUAGAGUUGCCAAGCCUGGAACUACAUAUCUGGAGCAGUCAGAGAGAGGGUGAACACACACAAAACAAAUCACACACAGAUCAGACGUUCUCCAUCAGAGAGACUACGCCUGACUGUGUGACUUUCAGCUGAACCGGAACACCAUCGUCAUGCUUACGGAUGGAGUUACCAUGGUUACAGAUGGAUACAUUUUGGAAUGUAAAGCUAAAAGACUUCUUCUAAACAACACUAAUAACUGUGAGAAAACUGGUAUCACAGAAAACAUGUUUUUCAUUUAUCUUCUGUUCUGUGGUGGGAUCAAUCAACAGCAACACAAAACAAGCCAUCAAAGCUGUAGAUGGACAGAACGGACCUUCCUCCAAGACGAAGAAAUGCUAACUGCCUUUGGAAACAUGAAUUCAGUUUGCAGAAAUGUUGCAGUCUUUGACUUUGAGUCCAUUGUUGUUAUUUUGUCUUUGUUAGUUUAUUCUUUUAAAAACAGUGUUCUGGAGCGCUUUGGGAACAAAAGACCUGAAUGAGAAGAGGGGACCAUGUGGAAAGAAAAGGGGACAGGCUGUGUAUUUACACCUUUUAUAUUUAGUAUUUUAUAACUCAUAUUAUCAUUAUUUUAAACAUUGCUAUUGUUUUAAUCAGUAUUUUACCCUCAGAUUUAGAGAGAAUUCUGAAUCUUUAUAUCAUUAUGAGACCGACUAAAGGACGGGGACCAGAAUGUUAUUCCAUUAUGACAUCAUUGAACAUUCUCAGUGACAUCACGUGGAAUGUUGAGGUCCAGUUGCCACAGAGACAUUGUUGUCAUGGAGACCGCACAUAUAUUGCCUUUGACGUGUGCUUGUGUGUGUGUGAGAGAGAGAGAAAGUUUAGCUGUGUGUUUGCUUGUGUCUGUUUUUUCUCCUUUGAUAAGUGUUCUUACUUUUCUCCUCUAAGGAUUUUGUGCUACAGAUGAGAUACAGGAGAAGCAAAUGGACCUGACAUUAUUUUUCAAAGGAAGAAAAACUUGCAGAUGAACUCUGUAGGAUGGAAGGUAUUAGGAGCUGCACUCCGUCUUAACUGGACUCCUGAGUUUUGGGAUUUACCGGAUGCUGAAUACUUGAAAUGCUUUUGAAGGGGAGGGGGGGAGGGGUCCAUCUGUCAAUUCAUUUUGAUAGGUGAGGGAGAUAAACAUUCCUCCAUUUCAAGGAAAAAAGUAGGCAUGAGUGCAAAACUCCAUCUUCAGAACAAUCACUGUCAUUUUUUUAUUCUUUUAAAAAUAAAACCACAAAGAUGACCAUAUGAAAACAUGUUGAUCUAGAAACUGUCAAAAUGCU